AUGACUGCUUCAUCAUCUUAUUUACCAAUUAGUGUUCCUGGUCCCUCGAGAAAAAAGAACUACUUAAAAAAAAUUAGGGGUCUUUUAUUAGUUGUUGUCGUUUUUGCCUCAAUAUUUUCUAUUUUCAUUAAAGAUACAUCUAAAAAAAAUAAUUUAAUUCCAGCGUUUAACGAUUGCGGUUUGUACUCACCAAUUGUACCAACAUUCAAAAAAUCAUUUGACCAAAUCUUGUAUGACAAAAAAUAUAAAUUGACAGUUGUUGAUAAAUUAACCAAUGCAGUUAGAAUUCCAACCCAAAUAUAUGAUGAAACACCACCACCAGAUUUAAAGUCUAAUUUAACAACAGAUCCUAACUGGGCUAAUUUCACCAAAUUUCAUGAUUUUUUACAGGAUAGUUUCCCUCAUGUUUUCAAAACGUUAAAAGUUGAAAAAAUUAACGGCUUAGGCUUACUAUUGACUUGGUCAUCAGAAACCACUGCCUCUGCACCACCUUUGUUGUUAAUGGCACACCAAGAUGUGGUUCCAGUCGAACCAAGCACUAUAUCUAAAUGGACCCAUCCCCCCUUUGAAGGAAUUUACGAUCCGGAAAAGGAUUUAAUAUAUGGACGAGGUUCCAGUGACACGAAACAAAUGAUAAUUAGUGAAAUGGAAGCCAUUGAAAAAUUAAUUAUUGAUGGCUUUGAACCAACCAAAAGACCUUUAUUAAUUGCCUACGGGUUUGACGAAGAAGCUAGUGGCACCUAUGGCGCGGCCCAAAUUAGUCAAGUCUUGCUUGAAAGAUAUGGUAAGAAUGGCUUAUAUGGAAUUAUUGAUGAAGGCGACGGUGUGGAACAAAUGGAAAAUGAUGGUGACUUUGUAGCUGUUAUACCAACUAGCGAAAAGGGAUACCUGGAUGCAGUCUUAAUUUUGAAUACCAAAGGAGGCCAUUCCUCGAUUCCACCAGACCAUACUUCAAUAGGAAUUAUGAGCGAAUUAAAUAUGUUAAUUGAGGAGUCUCCAUAUGAGCAAGUCAUCACCUUGGAUAAUCCUGCUUUGGAAAUGUUACAAUGUAUCAGUACAUAUUCCGAUUCUCCCAAUGACAAAGCCUUGAAGAACGCUUUCAAAGAUGGUCGCGUAUCUAAAAUCGGCAAGAUCGUGGAUAAUAUCCCAAAUUAUAAAUUUUUAUUCAAGACUUCUCAAGCUUUGGAUUUAAUGUAUGGUGGUGUCAAAUCCAAUGCACUACCAGAACAGGUUACAGUAUUAUUAAAUCAUAGAAUUGGUAUUCAUUCAACAGUUAAUCAAACUUUAAGUCACGUUUUAAAAAAUGUUUUAUUAAUUGCCAAGAAAUAUGAUUUCAGUGUUAAUGUAGAGCAUAAAAAUGGGACUCACAUUUCAGCACCUAGGAAGGAAGGUUCAAAUGGCGAAUUUGUUGUUCAGUUAAUGGAUCCUUUAGAGCCAGCCACUAUAUCACCAACUGGUGACGAUGAAUUGUGGAACAUUAUUGCUGGUACAGUAGUUAACACUUAUCAACAGCCAUUGUUUCAGGGAAAAAAAAAGAAUGGUACAGAUAAUAAAGUGUUGGUGACUUCAUCUUUAAUGGCAGGGAAUACCGAUACAAAAUCUUAUUGGGAUUUGACAAAUAGAAUUUAUAGAUUUAGAGGAUCUUUAACAUCAGCUGGAGAUAAAAAUGAACAUACAGUUGAUGAAACCACUGGUGGUUUAACGUUAAUGUCUGGAGUUGCCUUUUUUUAUCAAUUGAUUACCAAUGUAGAUAGAUUAUCUUCUUAA